AUGCAAGGGUAUCCGCAACUGCCGCAGCAACAACAGUCUUAUGGUGGCUACGAUGCGGCCACGUUACAGAAACAACAACAAGAACAACAACAACAACAACAGUAUGCAUACUCAACAAACGUGGGCAAUAGGGAUUACGGGUCGUACUAUAACCCAGCUAACAUUGACGCGUCACAGGGUGGCAUGGCGUCCAGCGUCAUGAAUAGUGGCUAUGGUAAUCAAUACAUGCAGCAGUAUCAGCAACAACAGGCGUAUGAUGGCUACCGUGGAGGAGGACCUGAGCAAUGGCAGCAGUCGUAUUCGUACGCUCAGCAGCAGUACGCCCCAACUAUGAAUAAAACUGCGGAUGCCCAUUCGGCUUCACUCAACCCUUACGCGGCGUCGACCACGGCGUACACGAAUACGGCUGCCGAGGCCGCUGAUUCUAGCUUGAAUCUUGGGAGUGAGCAGCCGUGUGCUGCAACAAAUGCUACCGAUGAUAACGGGCUGCGUUGGACAUGGAGCACCUACCCGAACACGUACCGCGAUUCCAAACAAGAUUCCAUCUCCAUGGGGUCCAUCACACUACCUGAGAUGAUUAUUCCGCUUGCGUGCAUGUAUACACCUUUGAAACCGCUUGAGACAAGUCAUUUUAUUAUUGGUGACCCCGCUGCGCGUGGCCAACAGUGCUCGAAUUGCGGUGCCUUUUGGAAUAAACACUGCUACCGUGAGGAAGGAAAAUUCUGGGUGUGUCUUGCGUGUCUACGCCGCAACCCAACGCCGCCCAACUACAGCAUUGAGCAUCCAGCGCUGCACUAUGAGACGGUGGAGUACAUUAUUCCCACCCAGGCGUCCACGACGGCAGGAGGAGAGGCUUUGACCCCAGCCAAAAAGCACACGUAUCCAACAUUUAUUUUUAUCAUUGACGUCUGUAUCCCAGUGGAGGAACUUGAGACGCUUAAACAAAACAUUCUGCGUUGCUUCAACUGGCUCCCUCCACAGUCCCUCGUGGGGCUCAUCUCGUUUGGAGCCCGCGUCACGGUAUGGGAACUAGGAAAUACGGCGGUGACACGCUGCUACAGCUUUCGAGGCGACAAGGAGUACGACCCUGCUGAACUCUCAGCCAUGCUGCAGGUAACGGAUACGAUGCCGGCCAAGGGCCGAUUCUUGUCGCCUCUUGAAGACUGUGAGUUUCUACUGACAAACUUAAUCGGGGAGCUGCAAUGCGACGAUACUGUGACGCCUGGCAACAAGCGACCACUUCGAACCACCGGAACAGCUGUUAGUGUUGCAGUACGGUUACUAGAGACACUGUACGAGAAGCUCAGUGUGAAAGAAUCACGAGCAGCAGGUGCUGCUGCUACAGUGUCGACACCUGUUUUAAAGGCGGGCCGAGUGCUGCUCUUCACAGGUGGCCCGUGCACACGCGGUCCAGGAACCGUUGUGUGCACUGAGAAGGAAAAAAUGAUGCGGUUUCACCGAGACAUUAUUGAUGGGGAAACACCAUAUUACGUUGACGCCUAUAACAUGUACAACGGCCUGCAGCAGCGUCUGUCCAAUGUGCAUGCAAGCCUUGACGUGUUUGCCGAGAGCUUUGAUCAGACAGGCAUUUUGGAAAUGCGAGAGGCAGUGAACCAAACUGGGGGCACGUUUAUAUGUGGCGACACGUUUAAUCACGAGAUGUUUUUAAAGUCGUUUCAACGGUACUUUGACCGUUACGACCCACGCAUACGUGGGCCAGAGACACCGGGCGGAGAGUCGCAAUGUGCCGCCUUCUCUGUACGUAGUGCGUUCGGUGUAAAGUUUGGGGUGCAUACAUCCGUGGACACGUUAGUGUGCGGCGUGUUGGGGCCGUGUCUUGUGGAUGAGAAGGCGAACAAGGCGAAUCCGAACCGUGUUUCAUCCCCCAUUCAAAUCGGUGUAGGGGGCACAACAAACUGGUGUGUUAGCACGAUGGAUCAGGCCGUCACGUACACGUUUAUUUUUGACACCGCCACAUUGGGCAAAAAAAGUAGCAGCGGUACCACCGGGUCAAAAGAUCCGCACAGCAAUGAGGCCAAACGACGUUUUAUUCAAUUUGUUGUGCGUUUCAACACCCCACACGGGGAGUCGCGGGUGCGUGUGACGAGUGUUGUACUGCCCAUUGCACCGUCCUCGCCCGUCGUCGACCCGCAGUACUUUGUGCGCCAUCAGGCAUUUGACCAGACGUGUGCGGCUACCUUGCUGGCCCGCAUGGUGGUGGGCAUUCUCGAGAAACACCCAAGCAAGUGGGACGACACAAAGCGGUGGAUUGACACCGUACUUGUACGUUUUGUGCGUCGUUACGGCACCUUCACUCCUGGCGUACCGGAGUCGCUGCGGCUUCACGCGUGUCUCUCGCUUUUCCCGUCAUUUUUGUUUAACCUACGCCGAUCGGAGUACUUCAUGGUACUCAACAUCUCCCCUGAUGAGACGACGUUUAAGCGGCACUGGCUUAUGCGGGAAACGGUCGACAAUUGUGUCCUCAUGAUUCAGCCAGCCCUGUACUCGUAUGACAUUGAGACGCCAAUAGCAACGCCGGUGCCACUUGACAGUUGCAGUCUACGCCCCGACAAUAUUCUCCUCAUGGACGCGUACUUCAACAUUCACAUCAUGUGGGGCACAACCAUCUUUGCAUGGAUACAAGCCAAGUACCAGGACGAGCCCGAGUACGCGUACUUUGCACAAUUGCUGGAGUCUGUAGAGAACGAUGCGCUGGGUGUGCUGAGUACGCGGUAUCCGUACCCACGCUUUUCUCGCACGGACGCAAAUGGCUCUGAAGCGCGGCACAUCAAAACGCGCAUGAACCCGACAACAACACAUCAUAAUGGCGCUGCUGGUGGUGCCGUCGCAGCGAGUGACCGUUCAGACGUGAUAUACACCGAUGAGGCUUCCAUCAUGAAGUUUGUGGAAUCUCUGAAGCAAGCCGUUGUCUCUAUCGUUAAAGAUGGCAAUGGUAUGAAUAGCAACAACAACAACAACAACAAUGGAGGGCGUUAA